CCCGGGAACAGGAGCGACCACGGGGCGAAAGGGGGGUGAGUCGACCAUGAGAAGGAACGGGCUUCCGCGGCGCUCCAACCCCGUUUCACCCAUCAAACGAGUCCGCGCGCAGAAUUCCUGUUUUUUUUUUUCUUCUUAAAGAGCUCGGGAUGAAACUGGCAACUACCCGCGCGCAGUUUUUGGUUUCAUCCGACGCCGUGGACCGCAAGAGGGAUGUGUGCGCCCGACUUCUCUCGAUAGCCAUUUUUUGCAGACAAAGAGCGCCGCUGUCGAGCAGGGCUUUCUAAAAGACAAAAGGGUCCCAGGGACUCCUAUCAAUGGAAAAAGUGGGCAAGAUGUGGAGUAACCUGAGGAGCAAAUGCCAAACUCUCUUCCACAGUGAUAGUUCCGGCUCUAGUGAAGGCACUGUUGAUACAGAUGCCGUCCACUGUGUAGUGGACCUUGGUCAGGGUGGCUGUUCAAAUGAUGUGCAUGCCGCUGGAGCUUCCAGCCCCUCAAGGAGCCUUCUACCUCUCCCACUAGUAACAGCUGGCCGUCGGCACCACAACUGCGUGUCAGACAUCCCCCAGAUUGUAGAGAUCACCAUCGACAAGGACACUGAUGAUAUACGAGGGGAACCAGGGGGCGUUCCCCUGGCACGGAGAGACUCCUAUUCCCGGCAUGCUCCAUGGGGGGGUAAGAAAAAACACUCAUGUUCCACCAAAACCCAGAGCUCCCUGGAGGCAGACAGGCGGUCUGCACGUUCACGGGGGAGUGGUGGCCGCAGGGAGAGGCGCCAUGGCAUCACCUCCAUCCAGGAGAUGGGGGACAACAUCUCUGGAGGACGCAGUUUGAGCGCUCGCUCUCUGCGUCAGCGAUUGAGUGACACAGUGGGCCUUUGCCUCCCCCUUCCCCCUCGCCGACGCUCCCGUUCAUCCAAGCCCACCAUCACCUCAAAACGGAAGAUCCAUUUGACAGAGCUCAUGCUAGAGACAUGCCCCUUCCCACCGGGCUCGGACCUGGCCCACAAGUGGCACCUCAUCAAGCAGCACACUGCACCCGUCAGUCCGCAUUCCUCCACUGCCCUACUAGAUUCCUUUGACCCAGCCCACCCCUCUCCUGAGGAUGAGGAGGAGCGUCUGCGUGAGCGACGUAGGCUUAGCAUAGAGGAGGGCGUGGACCCACCGCCCAAUGCUCAGAUCCAUACCCUGGAGGCCUCAGUGCCUGGCUCCUCUCUCUACAAACUUGGACCAAAGAUGGCUCCUGGCAUGGGGGAGACCUCAGGGGAGGGCAGGAGCACAGGGGCGAGCUGCUCUGGUGGGGCUGGGUCAUCGGGUAUCUGUAGUCAGGUGCUGGGGGCUACAGCAUCAGCCCAAGACUGUGACUCUGAGGAGGACUCUACCACACUCUGUCUGCAGGCAAGGAGGCCUAAGCAGAGGCAUGCAUCUGGGGAGGGCCACCUGAGCAGACAGCAGCCAGGGCCCUGGAAGGUACACACACAGAUUGACUACAUCCACUGCCUGGUGCCGGACCUGCUGCAGAUUACAGCUCUGCCUUGUUACUGGGGGGUAAUGGACCGUUACGAGGCUGAGGCACUGCUGGAUGGGCGGCCUGAGGGCACCUUCUUGCUGCGAGACUCAGCGCAGGAGGAUUACCUCUUUUCUGUUAGCUUCCGCCGUUACAAUCGCUCCUUGCAUGCUCGUAUUGAGCAGUGGAACCAUAACUUUAGCUUCGAUGCCCAUGACCCCUGCGUGUUCCACUCAUCCACUGUCACGGGCCUGCUAGAGCACUACAAGGACCCCAGUGCCUGCAUGUUCUUUGAGCCGUUGCUAACGGCCCCUCUCCACCGGACCUUCCCCUUUGGCCUGCAGCACCUGGCUCGUGCUGCCAUAUGCCGCUGGACCACAUACGAUGGCAUUGGCGCCCUGCCGCUGCCCCCUGCCUUGCAGGACUUCCUCAAGGAGUAUCACUACAAACAGAAAGUACGAGUUCGCUGGCUAGAGAGGGAACCGCCGCUCAAGGUCAAGUAGGGCAAAGCUUCCCCGCAGGAGGAGUACAAAACUUUUAAGAAACUCCCUGUUAGCCAAUCAGGAGAGGCUGUAACGAAAUGGCUCUCAUGUGGAGGGGGGUUACGCGUAGGUGAAACGAGUUAUAAAAGAUUCAUUCUAAUCUUUGUUUUUAGUUAUUACUUACACCACAGAAAAAUACAUAUGAAUAUAUUGAGUAUAACGCUGUCUGGCAAGCACAUGUUUUAUUGUUAAACAGGUUUAUUUGACCGGGGAGAAAGUACAAAUAUUAAUGCUUUGUCUUCCUCUCCCACUUUGUGCUAAAUGUCUGCCUGAUCACACAACAUCACUCUGCCUGUAGACCUGCCUGCAAGCCUUCCCCAUUCAUCCCCAGUCACUAGUUAGACCCAUAUGGUUAGCUAUGUUGUACAGUACACUUGGUGCAUUCUCUAAUGCUUUUUUCUUUGCUUGACAAAGCACCUAGUGGAGCACCUGCCCAAGAGGGUUCUGAGGUGUGCGGUUUUUAGGAGGGCAGCCGGAGGUGCUAUUGGCAAACUGUUGUUAGAGCUUGUCUCCAGGAUAACGCUACCAACUCUUAUGCUGUCCACUUGUUAUGUGAAACGGUAUCCACUAAACCAGGGACAGAUUGUGAGAGGGUCCACAGAGUUCAGGAGUGUACAUCAGGUAGUUGUGAGGAAAAAUUAGUCCAUAGGAACAACUGCUUCUCCUUUGGCACAAGGAAAUUACAGAGCAAUUUGUCUACUGCUUCCUAUAUGGUUGGCCAGCUUAUCUUGUCAGUUUUCUUCCCUCUGUGUACCUGCACUAAUUGUCAAAGCUGGGGAUGGGAGGGGUUCUUGCCACCGUUAUAUUUUAAAGCAGUCUCUGUUCUUCACUGGCCACAGGCACUUUAACUCUGUGCAUGCAGUUGUGUGUGUGUGUGUGUGUAUAUAUAUAUGUAUGUGUGUGUGUGUAUAUAUACAUACAUACACAUACACGCACAUUUUAUACACAUGAACACACACUCACAGUUCAUACUUCCUGUCUUAGAUAUAGUUCUUGUCCGUCUGGUGUCUUUAUGGACUGGUAUUAUGGCUUUAUGGUGUCUACAAGUUUUUCCCAUUUUUUUUUCCAUGUGCCAACCUUUACUGGCAUCUGGCAUAUAGGUCAAACUUAAAACGAUACCUUGACACUGCAUUAAUGUUAUUUUCCCCAGGAUACACUUGUCAAAUUGAUGCAGCUAAUUGUGUGUCUUGGUUUCAGUAAGGAAUGCUGGUAAAGAUGUUAAGAAAUGUAAAGGGACUUGAGGACAACUAUGAAGUUCAAGGUGAAGAAAAUCAUGACCAGUAUCCCUCUGAGUUACUAAUGUAACUAAGUUUUAUAUUGUGCUGGUUGUUUUUGGUAAGGCCUGUGAUGUUUGGUUUUUUUUUUUUCUUCCUUUCUUUCUUGGGAGAUUCCAUAUAAUGAAAAAUCCCAAAAAGGGAGGUCAGACAUCUUUGCCAGCUACCCAAAUAUUACUACUUAAUAAGGACUGGUUGCAAGAGAAUAGCGGCACUUGGGGGCAGACUGCAGCACAUUUUUUUUCAGUGCAUUGUGCUAUUGUAUUAACUAAUUUUGUCAAACAGACUUUAAUCGUAUCAAGCUGUUUUAAUUAUGGAGACCGCCACACAGCACAGGAAGUGAUGUUGCAGCCUGUUCUUGGGAAUUGCUUUUUAUAUUUAGAAUUUCUUGCUUUGAGGGAUCAUUGUUGACUUCAGUUUUGGCAGAAAUCUACUCAUGGGUACUGGAGUUGUGUUCAGGUGAGCCCCAUUUUUAUCAGAAUCAUGAAAAAAAAAACUUUCGCCCAGUUAUCGCUUUUGUUUUCUAGCUGAACCCAGUUUUGCGACUCGGGGCAAAUACACUGUUGGCCAGUUAGACAUUUCCUUGGAAUUUCCAUCUUAAAGAGAUAAUACAACUAAGUGUAACCUAUGUGCCUUUCAGAGAGCAUUUGGUCUUGUUCCAGAAUAUUAAGAUGAUUUUUCAAGCCAAGACCGGUGCAUGAAAUGCUCCAAUGGCGGUCCAGAUUAAGACCAAUAAGGAGAACAAUGAAGGGGUGUGCGAGCUCUGAGCUCUUCAUUCAAAUUGGAAAACAAAAAGUUUUAGUGGUGCUACGCAAGUGAAGCUCGAGAGGUUACUGUAAUGAUUAGUAGUUUUGGUCUACCCGUCUCCUUCGCUAACAUGAGCAUCGGUCCCCCCCAUCAAAACUUUGGCUUCUACGCUAGACGUUUUCAAAAAUCGCUUUGCUUUUAGUCGGUCCGCCAGCAGCCUAGUUGUAGCGUUUUGCCUGCACAGGGCGUCCAUGUUUGUCAAACCAUUACAUAAAUAGGUACUCAAGAUGUCCACAUUCAGCCGACGUCUUAAAAAGAACCCCGUUGAAAAGCAAAAAAUAUUAAAUUCCCAGCAAGCGAGCUUUAAUCCCAAUUAGGUUGUUUCUGAUUGUAACAAUGCCCAAAUAGGGCUUUCAGUGACCCCCCAAAUCGACAUUAAAUAGUCCCUACACAUGACCCAGCUGUCCACAAAAUGGAAGGGGUAUUUUAAUAGAACUCGAGUGUGACUGAGGAGAUUGGUUGAAACUAGCAGAACAGCUUUCACAAGGCUUUAAGAUGGGAUUUUACAUAACCUGAAAAUAUGUAAGGAAUGGUUAUAAAAGAAUGAGAGGCCGACCCCGCAGGCAACAUCAUAAACCUAAAAUACAGUAUCGCUGAAAGUCGCAUGGAUCCUGAAUAUCGGGAAGGUUCAUCUCUUAAUUUUCUCAGACUUGUGUACGUGUUUGUGCUUUAAAGGUCAUUUUUAAUUCAAUCAGUGAGAAGGAAUUAAGAACAAUAAUCGUCGAUACAUUUUAACUUUUCUUCCUCGUGAAUAUCCGAGUGUCUGUGAGCAAAGCUCUUAGAAGCUCUUGCGCUCAGUUACUGGUGAUACAUAGUAAUGCCUCCCAUUAUGUGUCACUGGUGUCAUGUUGUUUACCCAUCAGUUAUAUUUUCAUAACAACCACACAAACGUUUCACACGAAAGCCAGUUCGUUACUGUGUACGAUGUAGCCACUCUUAUUAUUAAUGCAUGGGAGAAGACUUCAAACUCACGUCCCUUGGCCAUAUUUCACCUCGCAGUCGAAGUGUGAAACUCGUCCUCGUCGCCAGUUUGCCCUCUGACUAAAAUACCCCCCCCAUCACUGAAAGGUAACAACACGGAUUUCCUUUUUAGCAGGCGGUAAUAGAAACGAUAAAUGAUGUAAUGGUUUAUCCGCCACACGUUCAACAGAGAUGUGCCCCCCCCCAACUCCCCCCGCAUCAUGACAACCCACCAGAGAGGGAAAAACGCUAGUACACUUUUAAAUCCUAAACAUUUCCCCCCCCCCCCUGCCCCUGCACUUUGUUCUCAGAAAGCUUGAAUAUUGUGUGCUCAUCACCCAUAUGUGUUGUAGAGGAGUAGAGAAAGGUCCAGAGGACUGGUAAGGGGAGGGGGGGCAGAAGCUUGACAUUUAGGUCUGCAUGUGCACUUUUAUGUUUCAGGACUGUCCACACUGUCAACCUGACAAAUGGGUUAUCUGUUUGAACAAACACAUACAAACAUACACUAUCUUCCCCACUGCCACCUGUCUUAUCAUUCUUUUUGCAUAGAACUAGCAGACGACUCCUGGCAGUGCCCCACCCCACCCACAGGCACUAAUCACAGGCUAAUUUUACCUCGGUGGGAUCUAAAUUUACUGGGCACUAAAAGGGCCACUCUGUUGCUUAAUGGGUGCUGUGUGGCCCAUAGUAGGGGCAACCUUUUUCUCUCUCUCACCUUUUUUUUUUUUUCCUAUAACCACAUCCUUAACAUCACCAUGCUGAUGCAGGUAUAUGUGGUGAGGAGUAGACUAAAGGCCUGUUGUGUAGGCGGUCUGCCCCCCCCCCCCCCCAUGCUGCCCAACCCUGUCGGGGCGAUGUUAUGCUAAAGUUAGCAUUGAAGAGAGAGCAACAGCCUGUUUUUACACAAUGUCCCAUUGAGUGCCCUGGUUUCCUGUUGCGGGGAUGGGGGGGUGUGAGGGGGGAAGUCCGGGGAUUUGUUGAAGAAAACGGCACUUUAAUUGUGUAUCAUGUUUUGUGUGUAUUUGUUCAAAGUGAGGAGACGUGCACAAGUGUUAAAAGAAAGAGCUAGUGGUCCUGGAUUAUUUCAGUUGUGUUCAGGCGCAUCUCCAAGUCCACGGACCUGGAGAUGUUUUCUACCAUGCUGCAGACUGUGUGUGUGUGUGUGUGUGUGUGCGCGUGUGUGUGUGUUGCGUGGGUGGGUGUAUAUUUGUGUAAGGACAGAGCCACAUAGAGGAGUCCAGUGAAGGGGCUGCGGUGUUGGCUGUGAGGGGUGAAGACAGGUGACCCCUAUGAACAAUGCCUCUUUCCGCCCCCCACCCCUUACCCACAACCCCCCCACCCCCUUAUUCUCAGGCAGGCCUAGUGCAAGGCGAGUCCCAGGGCCCUCUCAACCCAGUUUUCCCCAUGGGAAAUAUCUAGCAUUAACCAUAGCACAUGUUUGCAGUACGACAAGUAGAUUUAGGGAAAUUAAAGAAGAAGAAAAAAAGAAGAAAGGUUGUAUGUAUGAUGAAUGAUUUGAUAGGAGCCUGUUAAAACAUUUUAUUCAUCUGUGGUGCAUUAACUGUCUGGAACACAUGCGCACACACACAUACACGUAUACUACACCCGUGACACUUUUGCUACCCCAGAUAUUGAAACCUCACCAACCCACCCUACACCAGGGACGUGUAUACAUGGACCACAUUUAACCAGCACCACCCCUCUCGGCGUACGUCCCCGUAAAAAAGGGCGGACGAAGACGGGUGUUUACAUGUUUAUUCUAAUGUGUUCUGAAGGGGGGAGGGGAUUUUUAAAUAAAAUUGCCAUGAAUUCAACCAUUUUGAACUUACAUCGUUGUUAGAACGACACUAUGUAGAUGCACUAUGAGAGCCUCGUCCGUGGCACUGAAACCACUGGGUCUGGUUUAGAUGCGAGACGGGCUGGUCGGCCUCCAGCUGGCCCAGUUGACCACAGCAACACCUCUGGAUUUAGGUCUCCAUAGCCCCGGCACAGCUCAUGGUUUGUGCUCUUAGAAGACAUACAAAAAGAAUGGGUUUUUUUCUCAUUGUUUUUCCCCAUAUAUAUAUAUAUAUGUAUGUAUAUAUAUAUAUAUAUAUAUGUGUGUGUGUGUGUGUGUGGGAAAUCUGGGUUAAGUGCUAUAUGCAAACAAAAGAUGUAUGACUAAAGAAUUAUUAUUUUUCAUUAUUCUCCCUGAUAUGCAAUGGAGUGUACUGUAACAAUGGUUGCAAGCCUCUGUCACUUUAAUGCUGUAUGUGCACAUCGGUUGCUUUGUAGAUGUGGGUGCCGAGGUAACAGGACUUGACAAUGAUGGGAACUAAUGGUUGUCGUUCUACAGUGCCGCUGUGUUCCCAGACUGCCUUAUUCGUUCUGACCAAUCACAAGAGCCCUUCCAACCCAGGCCCGCAGUCACUGCCACAGGCAAACCAAACUCUCGUCAGACGAAUAUUGCUGAUCUGUUUUUCUCUUUCUCGCUUCCUUUUUUUUUCCCCCUUUCAUUUCUCCUUUUUUUUUUUCUAUUACUGUCAUGUCAGGUAGGAUUUGGAGAGUGUAAACAAUGUAAUCAUGUUCACAUUUCAGUGUAUUUGUUGUUCUACGUAUCUGCUUCACCGUUCGGAAAAGAAAAAAAAAGUACCGUUGUUUCUUUCCAGUGUAACCUGUUCAUUUUAAAGAGCCGUAUGACGCGACACUUGUAGCUGUCACUCUUGGUGCUUGGCUUAUGCUUCAUUGUCUUAAUAUUCCAAAUAAAACCGUUAAGUGUAAUCCA